UUCAACAAUUUCGGAAUAUUUUGUAGAAUCGGACAUCAGAAUCUCAUAUAUACAGCUCCAAUUAUGAUCUAAAAAAUCCGAAGAAAAUUGGAAUUGAAAAUUCGGAAUUCAAAUUAAAAUGUAUUAUUUCAAAAUCGAGAAAUUUCGGAUCGAAAAAUUUGUCCAAUUUGCCCAAAAGGUGACUAUGUAGUAGUAUUUGAUAUUUCCAGUAAAUUUGUUUUGUAAAAACAAAUAGAAAAUUAACAAAAUCCCCAAAUUUAUUCUCAAUAAUAUUUCCAGCGCAUCAUCAUCUCUCUCGGAGAAAUCAGAACCCCUAACCCCUCUCAGAUGAAUAUUGAAUCAGAAUUCAAUCAUUAUUGAAUUCCGAUCAAACCAAUUGCGAUCGGGAAACCCUCGAUUGCGAUAAUUGGAUUCAGAAACGUUCGCGAAUUCCCUUUUCUUUUUCUCGUCAACCCCAUGGACCCUCCGUUAUCACCGCCCUCUAUCGCGAACGGCACCCUCUCGCCGCCGCCCUCCGCCGGCCCCGGAGACGGUGACGGAAUAUUCGAGGACGCGUGGUACGGAAACAUCCAGUAUCUUCUCAAUAUUUCCGCCAUCGGAGCCUUGACCUGUUUGUUGAUCUUCGUCUUCGUGAAGCUUCGCAGCGACCACCGCCGCGUGCCGGGACCCACCGCAAUCGCCUCCAAGCUCCUCGCCGUCUGGCACGCCACCAGCCGGGAGAUUUCGCAUCACUGCGGCGCUGACGCGGCGCAGUUUCUCCUCAUCGAAGGCGGCAGCUCCGCCAUUCUCCUCUUCCUUGCCGCCUUGGUUAUCGUUGUUAUGCUUCCAGUUAAUAUCUACGCGGGGAGCGCGCCAAUUUCGGAUGAAUUCUCCAAGACAACCAUAAAUCAUAUCGGUAAAGGUUCGCCUUUGCUUUGGGUGCACUUCGUAUAUGUUGUCGUGGUUGUCUUCUUGGUGCAUUAUGGCAUAAAUGAGAUUGAAAGAAGGCUAAGAAUAACUCGGUUUCGAGAUGGAAACGGUAAUCCGAGUGAGCCGAGUGCAAAUUCCAGUGCUGUUUUCACCAUCAUGGUUCAUGGGGUUCCGAUAAAUUUAGGAUUUGAUAAAACUCCCCUGGUUGAGUAUUUUCAACAUAGGUAUCCGGGGAAGAUUUAUAAAGUGGUUGUCCCGAUGGACUUGUGUGCAUUAGAUGAUUUAGCUACCGAGUUGGUGAAGGUGAGGGAGAACAUUACCAAGUUGGUGUCGAAAAUUGAAUCGAAGGGCUUGGCCGAUGAAGUUGAGCAAGUAGAGGAUGCAGUGGAUGAGGGUUUUUGGGGUAAGUUGCAUUUUCUGUGGAGGAGAGUGAAGGACUUGUGGUACCGAGCUCUUCAUGAGUUGGGUUUUUCAGACGAGGAGAGACUAAGGCAGUUGCAAGAGUUGAGAGCCGAUCUAGAGAUGGAGAUGGUAGCUUACAAAGAAGGACGAGCAAAAGGUGCCGGAGUUGCUUUUGUGGUGUUUAAGGAUGUAUACGCCGCGAAUAAGGCUGUCCAGGAUUUCCGAAACGAGAAGAGUAGGCGGAUUGGGAGGUUCUUUUCGUUGGUGGAGUUGCAGCUCCAAAGAAACCAAUGGAAAGUGGAGAGAGCUCCAUUGGCCAGUGACAUUUAUUGGAACCAUUUAGGGUCGUCCAAGUUCUCUUUGAAAGUACGCAGAUUUUUCGUCAACACUUGCCUUCUGUUAUUGCUUUUGUUCUUCAGUUCCCCUCUUGCAGUGAUUAGUGCCAUCAAAAGCGCUGCUCGAAUUAUCAAUGCUGAAGCAAUAGACAGUGCCCAGACGUGGCUGACUUGGUUGCAAAGCUCGAGCUGGGUAGCUACCAUAAUAUUUCAAUUCCUGCCUAAUGUCAUCAUCUUUGUAAGCAUGUAUAUAGUCGUACCAUCAGCUCUCUCGUACCUUUCGAAGUUCGAACGGCAUCUCACAGUGUCGAGGGAGCAAAGAGCCGCAUUGUUGAAGAUGGUUUGCUUCUUUCUUGUUAACCUAAUCCUCUUGAGGGCUCUGGUCGAGUCUUCAUUAGAAGGCGCAAUCUUGAAAAUGAGCAGGUGCUAUUUGGACGGUGAAGAUUGCAAACGGAUCGAACAGUACCUGAGUGCUUCGUUCUUGUCAAGAUCAUGCCUUUCCUCUCUUGCUUUCCUCAUUACCUGCACUUUCUUGGGCAUAUCUUACGACCUACUCGCUCCAAUACCCUGGAUCAAAAACAAGCUGCAGAAGUUUCGAAAGAAUGACAUGCUCCACCUCGUACCAGAACGAAGUGAGGACUAUCCCUUACAGCAUCAAGAAGAAGAAGGCCUACAGAGACCCCUGAUAACCGAAAGGGUUUCCGAGGUUAUGGUUGGUAAUAACGAAUUCUUGAACGGUGGGCCCACACCAACUGCGGUAACUUUUUCCGGCCACGAUCUGUCAGAAUAUCCACCUGUCAGCAGCAGAACAUCGCCCGUGCCAAAACAGACAUUCGAUUUCGCACAAUACUACGCGUUCAACCUCACAAUAUUCGCUCUGACACUAAUAUAUUCUUCCUUCUCUCCACUUGUGGUCCCUGUCGGCACAGUUUAUUUCGGUUAUAGAUACGUUGUGGAUAAGUACAACUUUUUAUUUGUUUAUAGAGUUCGAGGCUUUCCAGCUGGCAACGACGGGAGAUUGAUGGAUACUGUACUGGGGAUUAUGAGGUUCUGUGUCGACUUGUUUCUUGUUUCAAUGCUGUUGUUCUUUUCGGUAAAUGGGGAUUCGACCAAGCUUCAGGCGAUAUUCACACUUGGGUUGUUGGUUAUGUAUAAACUUUUGCCUAGUGAUCCUGAUGGCUUUCAGCCUGCUUUAUUGCAAGGUAUGCAAAGUGUGGAGAAUGUAAUUAGUGGUGACCUGGAUUACGAGGCUUUCUCACGCCCUACGUUUGAAUGGGAUAAUUGUAACUCAUGAUAUAUUUCUUUCACACUAGAAAUAAAUUACUUUUUUCUUUGAGUUCA